CUGUCUGCCAUAGGCAAGUAAAGAAAAUGUACUUCUUAAGAGGAGCAAAAGGUUUUUGUUCUUAAAAGAUAUACAAAAUCUCAUCCUUCUCUUGAGUGAUCAAGUGGAAGAGUGAACCGAAAUUAAAAAACAGAAUCAUUGAUUAGGAAUUUUACUUGUGAAGCUAUCUACUAUGCUCAAACCUUGUAGAUGUCACUAAGGACAGAGCUUAGCCAUGGCAUCAUUCCGAUGAUACAGUGAAUUAAUACUAUAAUGUUUUAUUUGUUUUAUUACCCGUGUAAUUUUCCUAUGUUGCUUUGAAAUGUAGGUAUCAGACCACAGAUAUUUAGCUGCAAAAAUGAGGUUCAACUCGGAGAGGUUUCGAUCGCUGAAGGCAAUUGUUAGGCCUUCUUAUUUUCUCAUCAUUCUAGUUCUUUCAAGUUUCAUGUUCUCAGAAUUGUGUGUGAUGAUUAAGCAAUCCAAAAACCGCGUAAUGUCCGAGUCUGAAGGAGUGCGUAACAAAUCUUUCUCAGAGAUUCAGAUGACCGCAGGACUGCUGCACCGCCUGAACUCAUCAGCAUCAAAUUUAGCAAGAGCUUUAAGCUCAUCUUUGAAUGGAACUCAGCUUUCAUUUAUUGCCAUUCAAGCUAAGGUUGCACCAACUUUGUUCCUAGCACUUUCGACGAUUCCAGAAUUAUCACAAGUUUCAUACAUUGGACUUGAUGGUCUAUUAUUCUCCUUCUACAAUGACGAGGACCAAACAUUUUCAAUCUAUUCCAACACUUCAUUUUCCUCGCAGUGGUUUACUCAACCCGUAAAUCGUGACACUGGGAAGUUAUAUGGAGAUGCAGUUGCCUCUGACCCUAAGGUUACUGUAAAUUCAAGCUGGUUUCAGAAGGCCUUGAAUAGCACAAGUGGGCAUUCUUCAAUGGAUACUGGGUGGAACAAGGCUCAAGAUAGCUUAUUCCUUAACACGGCAGCCGUUGACGGAAGGGGUGUUGUAUCCCUUGGGUUUCCAGUAGAAGUGGUCAUUAAUCAUUUUGCGGCGCUGGAUUUUCAUGGAGGGUUUUUUCACUUAGGAACUGCAAAUGGACAGGUUGUUGUGCAAACAAAGCUUCCAAACAGUCAAAUAGAGAUACACAACGACACAGUUAUGGUGCAAACAAUGAAGCGAAAUGGUGACCCUUUAGGUCACUAUAAUAUCUCAUGUGAUCCUGAGGAUGGCAGAUUAAGACCUCUUCAUAAGAAGAUAGUGGGAAUCAAGUACAUGUUUUACUGCUCCACUCUUGAUAUUGCUGGACUUAAAUCGGUUUAUGUAUUGGCUUAUCCUAGAAACGGUCUAGUGCACCUCGUCCACAGAAACAGCAUGCUAUCACUCCUGCUUCUAGCCCUUGUGUUUAUUUUCAUUGUUAUCUCCCUCUGCACCUACCUAUUCUUGACUGCAAGAGCCACAAAUCGCGAGAUGUUUCUAUGUGCUUCCCUGAUAAAACAGACAGAAGCAACUCAACAAGCGGAGCGCAAGAGCAUGAACAAAACUAAGGCCUUUGCUGGUGCAAAUCAUGAUGUUCGCAACUCUCUGGCAGCUGUAAGAGCUUCAAUACAUUUUUGCCAGGAAGAGGCUAAUCCAGAAUCUAAGUUAGCGGCACAAUUAGUACAGUUAGAAAAUCAUACGAAGGACCUUCUUGGCAUAUUGAACUCAAUUCUGGACAUGAGUAAAAUUGAAGCAGGGAAAACAUCACUUGAAAUAGAAGAUUUCAACUUGGCCGAACUCCUUGAGGAGGUAGUUGAUAUGUUCUAUCCUUUGGGAAUGAACAAAGGCAUAGACAUUGUGCUAGAUCCCUGUGAUGGCUCUACGCUCAAAUCUGCUAAUGUGAGAGGCGAUCGAUUAAAACUUAAACAGAUAUUGUGCAACUUGGUGAAUAAUGCAAUAAAGUUUACGUCAGAAGGUCAUGUCUCGAUUCGUACUGUGGUUAAGAAGAAAAACUUUAGAAAAGAGAUCAUUGCUUCUAAUCGUACAACUGUGAUGAAGUUUCUAUCUCGGUUUUGCUACAAGAACCAAGAUAGCUUCAAUGAUCUUGAUGCUCUCAAUACCGUUGAAGAAAAUCCCAACGAAGUGGAGUUUGAAUUUGAGGUGGAUGAUACAGGCAAAGGAAUACCUAAAGAUAAGCAAAAAUCCCUCUUUGAAGACUAUGUUCAAGUUAAGGAAACAGCUACAGGACAGGAAGGAACUGGUUUGGGACUUGGCAUUGUCCAAUCUUUGGUACGUGUGAUGAAAGGAGAGUUAAGAAUUGUUGAGAAAGAGCUUGGAGAAAGAGGCACUUGCUUCAAGUUCAAUGUUUUUCUUUCCUCUGUCGAACCCAAAUCAGCCGAACCAGAAGAAGAUCGCCGCUCGAGUGCAUUUCAUCAACACUUUCCAUUCAUGUCACCAAAACCAGAAGGGUCCCAUGUCAUAAUCUUCAUUCCUGGUGAAGAACGAAGAAAGGUCUUGAAGAAGUAUAUUGAGCGCUUGAACAUUAAGGUGACAAUAAUUAAGCAGGUGAUGAAUUUACAGCUAGAGCUCGAGAAGGUUAAGCGCAAGCUAGACCUUUCUUAUUUCAUCUCAGGAAAACCAGAAAACACUUUAGAUGAUUACUUGAGCAAGUCUGCAUCCACCAACUCCGAUCGAGGAUCACUCGAUGGAUCUCUAAACAUCAAGGAUGAAGGUGAUCACAUUACACCGCACUACAAAAAGACCAACUCCAAAAGUUCAUCAAGCAUCAUACUGCUCGUGAUCGAUGUCAACGAAGCUACUAGUUACCCUAACUUCCAAAACAUCCUGGCUAACCUUCGGAAAGACAUUGGAAAGUCUUUGUGCAAAGUUGUUUGGUUGGAGGAUCCAAUCAUGGGACAUUCAAGCGAUGAGGUGAAGGAUAGGGUAACCGCAGAAGGCGAUUAUGUGUUACACAAACCACUUCAUGGUUCAUGUUUAAGUCAAGUCCUAUCAUUGCUUCCGGAACGCAAGGGUGCAUCUCAUUGCAACUUCUCAAAGUCCACAAGGAGGACAACGGUUCAAGAAGUCCAGGAUUGUGCAGAUUCUAAUCUUUCGAAUGACUUGUCUUGCUCGGAGAUCAUUGAGCUAGACCUUGCUUCACCUCAGAGCAGCUCACUCCAACCGACAACGGCGAAUAAACCCACCGUAGAAGCUGGUUCCAAACCCUUGAAUGGAAAGAAUGUCCUGGUUGUUGAAGAUUCCAUGUUGCUGCAGAGAUUAACCAGUUCAGUUCUGAAAAAACUUGGAGCAAGUGUUGAAGUCUGCACAAAUGGAAAAGAGGCCUUCGAUGAAGUCAGCAAAUCAUUAAGUGAUCAAAAGAAGGAAGGGGAUUCAAUCUCUCUCCCUUAUGAUAUCAUUUUCAUGGAUUGUGAGAUGCCAGUAAUGAAUGGAUUUGAGGCAACAAGGUUGAUACGAAUGGAGGAAGAACAAUAUAGUGGCGUUCAUAUACCAAUCAUAGCAUUAACUGCCCAUGCGAUGCCAGAGCAAACAAGUAAAGUCUUCGAUGCUGGAAUGGAUUUCCACCUAACCAAACCCUUGGAAGAGAGAAAGAUGCUGGAGGUUAUCCUAUCGAUUGUUAAUGAGUGAGACCUGGCUGCCUUCAGAGUUAUUCAUUAGCACCAGCAGCUUGCAACUUUUCUUGUUUUUUCUUCUUUUAAUCACUACUACCACUCCCUUUCGUAUUCAUUAUUUUGCAAUAGAUAAGCUCUGGAAAAAGAUGGGAUGCUUUGAAACUAA